UAGCCAGCAGUGUCGGUGGGAAAUGUUGGGCAACUGGCAAUAGAUCUAGUGAUUUCCACGCUUGACAUGACUAAAGUUGGUUACUUCUACACCGAUUGCUUGGUGCCAAUGGUUGGAAAUAAUCCAUAUGCAACUGCAGAAGAAAACUCAGUGGAGCUGAGUAUAAAUGCUGAAGUGUAUUCCUUACCUUCAAAGAAACUUGUAGUUCUGCAGAUCAGAUCGCCAUUUAUAAAGAACAAGUACAGGCCCUUCUGUCAAACGCUGCUUUCUUGGGUUAAAAGCAGCAAAUGUGCCAGGGUCGUCGUUCUGUCUAGCAGCCAUGCGUAUCAGCGAGAUGACGAGCAGCUUCUUGGGACACCACUACGCUACCUACUUACACCUGAUCUUGAGAAAGCAGUUGGAGGCCUUAUGCAAGAGCUAAACUGGAAAGAAAUGGAAAAAGUAGCCGCUUACCCUGGAAUAAAUGAUACAGAAAAAGUACUACAUAUUCCUGGAGGUGGUAUCACAAAACGCUUGUUUACUGAGAGCUCUUCAAAAGGAAUCCAAAUGGCAGUUCUUCUGAAAUUCUGCUCAGAAGGGGACAACAUCCCUGAUGCGUUUACUCUUGUUAACUAUCUUAAUGAAUGGCUCCAGUUAAUUAAAAGCGAAAGCAACAAUUCCACCGAUACUUCUUCACAAUGGAAAAUACCAAGUUCUUGGCGCUUACUUUUUGGCAAUGGUCUCCCACCUGCACUCUUCUGAUCAAUUUUGAACUCUUCUGUAAGUCAUGUGUGCAGUCUCAAAUGUCCCUUGAGAAGUUAUUACUUAGUCAUUGCCAAGCAACAGCAGCUUACUUUGUGUCUACAUCAAUUCUUUAUUUAAGAAAAAUUUCUUUAACAUAUGUGGGUAGCAGCUAAAGAAAUUAAGGUAAUUUUCACAAAUUGACCAAAGAAGUAUAUUUUGUACAGUUCUUUAUUGAAUAACUUUAGUUGAUUUUUUUUUUUUUUCCUAAUAAAGUAUUUUUGAA